CUAAAGCCAAUGGAAGGGGAGUACAGAGAACCUAGCCCAGAAGAGUUUGACCAGUGAGCAGGCGAGGAAGGGGCGGGAGCCGAGGUCCCGGCAGCUUCUAGUAGGUUCCAGAAGGCGGCGCGUGCGGUUGGUAACGCGGAGCGGACGGGUUCGAUUCUACGAGGUUCCCGGCCCGGCUAUGGAGCAGGUGAAUGAGCUAAAGGAGAAGGGCAAUAAGGCCCUGAGUGCUGGUAAUAUUGAUGAUGCCUUACAGUGCUACUCUGAAGCAAUUAAGCUGGACCCCCACAACCAUGUGCUCUAUAGCAAUCGUUCCGCAGCUUAUGCCAAGAAAGGAGACUACCAGAAGGCUUAUGAGGAUGGCUGCAAAACUGUUGACCUGAAGCCUGACUGGGGCAAGGGCUAUUCGAGAAAAGCAGCAGCUCUUGAGUUCUUAAACCGAUAUGAAGAAGCCAAGCGAACCUAUGAGGAGGGUUUAAAACAUGAAGCAAAUAACUCUCAGCUCAAAGAGGGUUUACAGAAUAUGGAGGCCCGGUUGGCAGAGAGGAAAUUCAUGAACCCUUUCAACAUGCCCAACCUAUAUCAGAAGUUGGAGAACGAUCCCAGGACAAGGUCACUGCUCAGUGAUCCUACCUACCGGGAACUGAUUGAGCAACUACGAAACAAGCCGUCCGACCUCGGCACGAAACUACAGGACCCUCGGAUCAUGACCACACUCAGUGUUCUCCUUGGGGUUGAUCUGGGCAGUAUGGACGAGGAGGAAGAGGCUGCAACACCACCUCCUCCUCCUCCUUCCAAAAAGGAGACCAAGCCAGAGCCAAUGGAAGAGGAUCUUCCAGAGAAUAAGAAACAGGCACUGAAAGAAAAAGAGUUGGGGAAUGAUGCCUACAAGAAGAAAGACUUUGACACAGCGCUGAAGCAUUACGACAGAGCCAAGGAACUGGACCCCACCAACAUGACUUACAUUACCAAUCAAGCAGCGGUAUACUUUGAAAAGGGCGACUAUAAUAAAUGCCGGGAGCUUUGUGAGAAGGCCAUCGAAGUGGGGAGAGAGAACCGGGAAGACUAUCGACAGAUUGCCAAAGCUUAUGCUCGAAUUGGCAAUUCUUACUUCAGAGAGGAAAAGUACAAGGAUGCCAUCCAUUUCUACAACAAGUCUUUGGCAGAACACCGAACCCCAGAUGUACUGAAGAAAUGCCAGCAGGCAGAGAAAAUCCUGAAGGAGCAAGAGCGGCUGGCCUACAUCAACCCUGACCUGGCUUUGGAGGAAAAGAACAAGGGCAAUGAGUGUUUUCAGAAAGGAGACUAUCCCCAGGCCAUGAAGCACUACACAGAAGCCAUUAAACGGAACCCACGAGAUGCCAAGCUGUACAGCAAUCGAGCUGCCUGCUACACCAAACUACUGGAGUUCCAGCUGGCGCUCAAGGACUGUGAAGAAUGUAUCCAGCUGGAGCCAACCUUCAUCAAAGGUUAUACCCGGAAAGCCGCUGCCCUGGAAGCCAUGAAGGACUACACAAAGGCCAUGGAUGUGUACCAGAAAGCACUGGACCUGGACUCUAGCUGUAAGGAGGCUGCAGAUGGUUAUCAGCGCUGUAUGAUGGCUCAGUACAACAGACAUGACAACCCUGAGGAUGUGAAGCGACGGGCCAUGGCUGACCCUGAGGUGCAGCAGAUAAUGAGUGACCCAGCCAUGCGACUUAUCCUGGAGCAGAUGCAGAAGGACCCCCAGGCGCUCAGCGAACACUUAAAGAACCCUGUAAUAGCGCAGAAGAUCCAGAAGCUGAUGGAUGUGGGUCUGAUCGCAAUUCGGUGAUGACUCAUCUCUUCCCUUUGCCCUCAUGUGAAAAGACACUGGGAUGGCGGCAAGCAGCACAGCAGAGGGAGAGGGGAGAAAGAACAGCUUAUCUUUAUAUUUAUACAUGCCUACCUGGAAGACACAGACUUAUACAGCCGCCGCCACAGGCCCUCCCAGCACACGCAUGGUCUCUUCACUGCAGCCCUCAAGUUUCGUGUCUCCUUCCCCUAUGCCCCAGUCGCUGUCUCAGCUACUCCCCCAUAGUUGGUUAUUUUUUAUUUGGGGCAGUGGGCAAUAUGAGGAGGAGAGGGUGUUCUUCCCAACCUGGGGUCCCAGCUGUCUUCAUAUUGUUAUCUCCACGUCCCCAUCUCCAAUAAAAAAAGCCAGUUGGACGUGGUUAUAUGUUA